AUGUUGGAGGUAGCAGAGAAGUAUAGAAGGGCAUUUGAGCUUUUGCAAGAGGAAGAUGGGCCUCUUAUGCGUUAUUUAAAUCGAUCUGUUGGAGGAAGAAAGGGGUUGGGGCCUCCUAAAGAGGAUGAUUGGAACAAUGUUCGUCAUUUUGUACAAUUUUUGAAGGUCUUUUAUGAUGUCACUAUGAAAAUUUCUGGUUCAUUGUAUUCAUCUGUAAACUUGUUUUUCCAACAACUUUGUAGUGUUCAUAGGCAAGUGCUAAAUUAUGUUGGAAGUCUUGAUCCUUUGGUGAGUGCUAUGGCUAGGCAAAUGAAAGUAAAAUAUGACAAAUAUUGGGGGACCUUUGAGAAAAUAAACUGGUUGUUAUUUGUGACAGUUGUUCUUGAUCCUUGGUACAAGCUAGUUGCUUUUGAAUAUUGGUGUCAAAUGAACCUUUCACAAGAGAUGGCGAAAAAUCUUGUUGAUAAAGUGAAGGAGGACAUAAAUAAUAUAUUUGACCUAUAUGUGGGCACUAGGGGAAAUGUGCCAAUGAUGAGUGUCAAUGAUGAGGUACAAAGUCAAGAGGCUCCACAUUGUCAUGCUUCAACAUCAUCCGAGUGCGUUUCAUUCGACGAUGACUCUUUCUUGAGUGAGUUUCAUUCAUUCCGAGCAUCAAGAAAUUUGAUGGAUUGUAAAACUGAGAUAGAGCAAUAUUGUUUGGAGGAUGUUGAAUCACCAAGUAUAACCUUUGAUAUUUUGAAUUGGUGGAAAGUUAAUUCAACAAAGUUUCUGAUCCUCUCCGAGGUAGCGCGGGAUGUGUUGGCCAUUCUAGUUACCACAGUUACCUCAGAAUCAGCAUUUAGCACCGGAGGUCGUGUGCUUGAUCCAUUUAGGAGUUCUUUGGCUCCAAAAACAGUUGAGGCACUUGUAUGUACGCAAAAUUGGUUGAGAUCUUCUCCCGUUAGUUUGCGUGACACAUUCUUGUCUAAGGUUGAUGAUGGCGAGAGCUACAAGCUAGAUUUAGAAAUUAUGUCCAAUAUUAUUAAUGUUGACGAGGCCGAUUAA